UGGGGAGGCCGGAGCGGCCAGGCCGGCGGCUUCCCCAGCUCGCUGGGUCCGGCCGCCCCUCGAGGGAGGUGGGGGGCCGCCCCCUAGGCCCGGCCUCACCUCAGGAGCUGCCGCCCCGCCCCAGGCCCGCCCCGCCCGCCCGCCGGGCCUUAGGGGAGGAACGGGCAGGGCCUCGGGCGCUGCCCAGCCACCUCCGGAGUCACCACCACUACUCUCCUGGCUGCCGCUCGUCCCCCAGGCCGUCGCCAUGAAGAUCAAGGAUGCCAAGAAACCCUCUUUCCCGUGGUUUGGCAUGGACAUUGGGGGAACACUAGUAAAGCUCUCCUAUUUCGAACCUAUUGAUAUCACAGCAGAGGAAGAACAAGAAGAGGUCGAGAGCCUGAAAAGUAUCCGGAAAUACCUGACUUCCAACGUGGCGUACGGAUCCACCGGCAUUCGGGAUGUGCACCUCGAACUGAAGGAUUUAACACUUUUUGGUCGGAGAGGGAACCUGCACUUUAUCAGAUUUCCUACGCAGGACCUGCCUACUUUUAUCCAAAUGGGAAGAAACAAGAACUUUUCAACAUUACACACGGUGCUAUGUGCUACAGGAGGUGGUGCUUACAAGUUUGAAGAAGAUUUUCGUACAAUUGGAAACCUCCACCUGCACAAACUAGAUGAACUUGACUGCCUUGUAAAGGGCUUGCUGUAUAUAGAUUCUGUCAGUUUCAAUGGACAAGCAGAGUGCUAUUAUUUUGCUAAUGCCUCAGAACCUGAGCGAUGCCAAAAGAUGCCUUUUAACCUGGACGAUCCCUACCCACUGCUGGUAGUGAACAUCGGCUCGGGAGUCAGUAUUUUAGCAGUCCAUUCCAAAGACAACUACAAACGAGUAACUGGGACAAGUCUUGGAGGGGGUACCUUUCUGGGCUUAUGCUGUUUAUUGACUGGCUGUGAAAGUUUUGAAGAGGCUCUUGAAAUGGCAGCCAAAGGUGACAGUACCCAAGCUGACAAGCUGGUCCGUGAUAUUUAUGGAGGAGAUUAUGAAAGAUUUGGUCUGCCGGGUUGGGCUGUAGCAUCUAGUUUUGGGAAUAUGAUUUAUAAGGAGAAGCGAGAAUCUGUUAGUAAAGAAGAUCUAGCGAGAGCAACUCUGGUUACUAUCACCAACAACAUUGGUUCUGUGGCACGAAUGUGUGCUGUUAAUGAGAAAAUAAACAGAGUUGUCUUUGUCGGAAACUUUUUACGUGUCAAUACUCUCUCAAUGAAACUUUUGGCAUAUGCACUGGAUUACUGGUCAAAAGGUCAACUGAAAGCAUUGUUCCUAGAGCAUGAGGGAUAUUUUGGAGCAGUCGGUGCGCUUCUCGGGCUGCCAAAUUUCAGCUAAAGCAUCAGGUUUGUCUCUGCUAAUAAACAUCAUCCAAGAGGAACUGAAAACCAGAGGCGUUAUUAUUGGAUUAUUUGUCACUGGGAACCAAAGGAAGAAAAGAGUAACCCUAUUCCUGUUGAUUUUUAAAUGUCAAAGUGGUAAGCUGCUAAAUGUUGCCAUAGAGAAAGGGAGGACUGGGUAACAGGUGAAGUAUUUCCGACUGAAAUGCUUUCCCUCCUGUAUAUAGCCAGUGUUAAAUCUUUAAAUGCAAUACAGCCUCUGAUAAUUGAGCUUUCUCUCAAAAAAAUUUUUCUAUUUAUUUUAUGUAGCCAAUAUUGCAGUACUGUAUGCUCAAACACAAAUCUAAAAUGCCUCAGAAGUGUUUAGGUCUUGAAAAUAAUUGAUUCUGAAUAUUUGUUACAAAUCUGUUCUACGUGCGUUUUGGUUACUAGAAAGCAGACAGUAACAACCCCUGUACCAAAAUUAAUUGAAAUGGCAAUCAAAGAUGGUCAUCAUGGGAUUUUAGAAAUGUUAGGCAAUAUUAUUCAUUAUUGUAAUUUUCUUAAUAUACCCCCCAAAAAAGCACAUUUAUGUGAUCUUUCUCCAGAAGUACAACUUUUUUCAAAUGCCAUAAUUGAAAUACUGUUGUUAAAUAUUAGCCUGAAUUUUCAAUGAAUCCUAGAAAAUGCACACACUUGGUGACAUUGCACUUUCUGUAUUUUAUUAGUCAAUCCAUUUUAAAAUGUUGACUAUUUUUUAAUUGGAGACUUAAUUACUUCUUUGAGAGUCCACGCAGUGAGAUGCCAGGACUGUUCCUGUGGAGCGUGGUUUGAGCCCCGGCAGAGUUCCACGCUCGCCCUGCAUCACGUCUGCCUCCGGCCCAGACUCAGUUGUUUCUGUUUAAUUCGAUCUGAACCAUCAGUGCUAAAGAUUUAUUUCUAUCAUGAACAGCAACAAAAUCACAUUUAUUCCAAAUGGAUGUUAGAGAAAUCUAAAAGAUGAGUUGUUCUGAAACUUAGGAUUCUGAGGCAGUACUGCAGAAUUAUAAAAGGAUCAGUGUUUUGUACAUUCUGGUGAUAAAAGAAUUAUAGUUCCAGAAUUUGUAAAUCCCUUUGCCUUGGAAUUGGUUCUGUAUUUGGAAUCAUUUUUUAUAAUGUUAUAAAUUCAGAUUUUACUUUGGCAGUGACAUUUUGGAGGUCCAAAAGUCCAGUGAAGUUGUUUGAGAUUCUUACGAUGUAUGAAGUAGAGAGACUUGGGGAAAAUACUUGUCUCCUUAAACUACCAGGAAAUCUGGAUGUGCUUUAAAGAGCUUAAAACUUCUUUGCAUUACAGAAAGAAGUAUUACCGUGUGUUUUUAUGGAACACAGUUUUGCUCCAUAGAGAACAGUUGUCAGUAGACUAUCAACAGGUGCUUGUUAAAGACAUUUCUCCUUGUAGUUUCAGAUUUUGUGCUCAAAUACUUAAAAUUCAGUUUUCUUUAUUUAAAGACAUGAACAUGAACAAUAGGAGUGAAUAUAUAGAGGGGAAAGUAUGUUAAAGUAAUUUUUUUAGAAUUUAGAAUAUUUGGUCCUUCGAAUUCAUGUCAGUUGGUAGUCACUUUGAAAACCUACAAUGACUAAAUGUGUCUUAUUUUAAUAUUGCCAUUGUAGUGACUAGAUACAUCAGCCAAAAGCCACCUGUUCAAUUUAUUUAAAAAGUUUAUGAUUUAGGCAUCUGUACAAAAUUUUUAUUUUUAAACAACAGUAACUUCAAGUUACAUUCCUGUGACAAACUGUACAUUAGCAGCUAUAGGUUUGGGGCAGUCUUUCAGAAAGAAAUGGAAUGAUCAAAGUUUAUAUAAGUUAAUUUGAUCAAUACUUUGGUUAAUUUGGGACCAUGAUUGAUAAUUUUUGCCCUUGGAAACUGCAGGUACCUGUUAAAACGCACAUUAAGUGGGUACCACCUCGCCACUCUUGGCGCUUAGCUCUUCUCGUGCAUAAUCCGGGACUGCUGAAGUGGUAACGGUUAUGAUGGAGGCUUCCGAGAUUCUGUUUUUCGAUUAUGAUCUUAAAUUCCCUGUAAGCAACAGUGGUCAGUAGGUUUGGUUCUACUCCCGAUCGACAUAAUGCCACAAAGUCCUAUGUUCUUGAGUAGUGCUAAUAGAACUAAAAUGCGAGCCACACGUAAUUUUACAUUUUCUAGCAGGCACAUUUAAAAAGUAAAAAAUAAAUAGGUGAAAUGCAUUAUAUAUUUUUGUUUAAUGCAGUCUAUCCUAUGUUAUUUCAGUAUGUAAUAUUAAAAGUUGUUGAGGAGAUAUUUUACGUUUUGGUUGCUUGUAUUUAGUCUUCAAAAACAGUUUGUAUUUUACACUUAGAGCACAUCUCAAUUUAGACCACAUUUCAAGUCCUCAGUAGCCACAUUUGGGUAGUGGCUAUUAUAUUAGUGCAAUUUUAGAACUGGCUCUUAAAAAUGAACACUAUCGUGUCCAUUAAAACUUCAUGAAUAUGGGCUUUUAAAAGAAUGUUUGAGGGGAACCUUAGUUUUUAAAUAAAGGGAGAUAGGAAGUAGCAUAGAUUGGGCUAGUUUAUUUUACACAGACAAGCUGUAUUUCUGACUGUUCCAAAAAUAGUUUAUAUUGCAUCCUGCCAUCUCAUCAUAGUAUGUAUCAUUUUUUCCAAUGAUACUGAUAAAAUUGCCCAAGACAUCACAUUCUCACAAUCUCCAAAAUACGUAUUUCCUUCACUGAAGCAAAUUUGAUCAUUCCAGUGACUUAGCUUUCCCCCCACCUUAUCUAACUUUGAGAAGCCAAUUGUAAAGGAUUGAAGAGUCUCUUUUAAUUCUUCAUUAAGUUAUGUACACACAAGAGAAUGUUCUUUAUAACUUUCGGAUUUAAUUUUCAUUCCUUAAAAAUUCUGAUAAAAUUUUCAGUACAGGGAGCACUAUCCAUUUAUUUUGGGGCUUGAUAAAAAAACACAAGGUCAAGAACUUUACACCACUACCACUCCCCAAAAAAGAUUGCCUUUUGUAACCAGAGACUUAAACUAAUGGCUUUUAGUUCUGCGUCCCGACUUCUCCAAAGACAAAGUAUUAGUAACUCAGCCACCUAUCGACACAGGCGAUUCCUUGGCUCAGCUACUCUAAACAAAGGUGGACUCUGAGUUUGGGCGAAGUCAGUGCCAUUGCCAAUAAUAUACAUGGCAAUCGACAGUCUUUCCUGAGGUUCAGAAUAUUUGCCAAAUAUUAGACUGUAAAGAUUCCUGAGGUUUUGCCCUUGCAUGAUUGUCAUAUUGGAAGUACUGGUUCCUGAAAGUUUUCGUUUCUGCAAGCACAGUGAUGGCAGCUGACGGGGAGGUGUUGGCCGCUGUGUCCAGCAGUCCCCUUUCCUCGUAAGAGCAGACCAUCACACCUUGCCUUGAUUUCUAAGGUUGCAUUCUUGGGCGGAAAGCUUAGAAAGGCGAUAGCUUCCAAAUGUCUUUCGUAACCACUUAUAUACAAAGUUUUUCAUAUUUUGUUUAGUGUGUCAAUUUUUUUUUCUGGUUGAACGCUCAGUGCUUUUCAGUCUAUUGCAUUUGAGACUAUAGUUUAGAAAAUCUCCUUUAAAGCCAUGUAAAAACUGAAAAUAAUAGCCAGAAAAAUGUGGGUACAUUCUUUUGCAUUUAACUUACUGUUUUGUGAUAUGUCUGAACAAAAUUCUAGAAAUAUGUUGCCUUUUUUAAUAAUACUCUUUGACCUGUUUAAGAUAAUUUGCCAUGAAAUGUGUAUAAUGUCCUAUUUUCUCAGUAAGUUUAUUUUACUGUGUUAUUAUUCUGGUACGGAAGGAAUUCAGCUAAUUUUUUUUCUAUCUUCAGAUAAUCUUUUAAAGUAUUAUAGUAGCCUAUUAAAAAAAAUUGUGGUGUGAAAAGUCAUCAGUUUUUUAUCCAUAUCUAAAUUUCGAGUAUGGAAAUUUUGAGUUAUUUCUACUUCCAAAGAGUUCACAUCAUCUUAAAGCAGUACCUACUGUUUGCUGCGUUAUCUGGCUCGUAUGGUCAGUGGACAUGAGAUCCUGAUUUCAUAUUGUAUUAGAAAUAGCACCGGUGGCUGGUCUAACUUCUUUGAAUGUUACCUUAUUUGUAAAAUGACGAAAUUGACUUGUUACAGUAGUCAUCAGUUAUCGGGAUCUUGAGAAGGACACUUAUUUGCUUCUUACAUGGCAGCAUUUGGAACGAUGAGAACAGUUUGUUCAGAGACUGGCAACAUGUUUUGGAAUUUAUUUUAUUCGUAUGUUUAUAGGUACUAGAUUUUGAAUUCUCACCAAACCAGUAGAAUUCUAUGUAAUGUUAACAUUAUUCUCUCAUAAUAUUAAGCUAUUGCCUGCAAUAUACUAUUGCCUGCAAGUAGAUAAACCUUAAAGUACUAUGGAGGGUUUUAUAAAGUAUGUGUACUUCAGUCUAAAGAUAUCUGGAAUUUUUAUUGUGUUAACUUCAAAAUUAUAUGGGCAUCAUAUAUAUAAAACAUUUCCAUCAUAAAAAGAAACAUCCCACUAAAUCCAUAGAUGUUUGAAUAUUAGAUGUACUGGGGAUUUUUUUUUUUUUUAACGCUUACAGCACCUGGUCUUCCUAGGUGGUGUCCCAUCCAAGUACUAACCAGGCCCGACCCUGCUUAACCUCCGAGAUGAGAUCGGGUGCAUUCUGGGUGGCCUGGCUGUAGACUACUGGGGAUUUUUUUUGUUGGCCCUUUUAAGCUGUUUAUUUCUGAACAUUGUGAGUGGAGACAGUUGUGGCAUAAACCCCUCCUGGAAUUAUUUAUUGCUUUUGUCAAACACAAUUCAUAGUGGAAUUUAUAAAACACAAUUUUAAUUACCUACAAAUAAGUUGAAAUAUUAUGGGUUAUAGUCAUCUACUUCAAAUAUAAUGAAGACCUAAAAUACUUUUAUCCUUAGGAUUGUCUGAGAAUAAUCAGAUUGGACAUGUGUCUGACAUUCUCAGUGUACUGUUUAAAAUAAAUGUAGAAGCGAGUUGAUGCUGGGACUUUAGGAACCAUAGUUAGUGCUGAAUGAUGUGUAAGAGGAAAUCAAUUUUUUUUCUCUUUAAGAAAGAAAUCAAAAUCUUUACAUUCUGGUUCGUUCCAUAGUCAAAGAUUACUUUUCAUUUAGAUUUUCAGUCUUUUUGCCUCAGCUGCCACUAAUUUUAUGUUUAAAAGAAUAGGGAAUGUAUUUUUCAAAGGAGUGAAUGAAAUUAAAAUUCAAAUUUUUGAAUUGUAUAAAUAUGCAACUAAAUUUCAAUGCUAAGAUAGCGCUUUUUUUUUUUGCGAUUUCUUAACAUCUUUCAUAUACUGCAGUACUUCAUAGUUCCAGUAGCUUUCAAAGGAAACAUAUCAGCAUUUAACAUAAUUUGUAAAGUAUACAUAAAUAAUGCAAAUAGUUUGAGAUUAUUUUAGCCUUAUAUCGUAUCUCUGAAUCAUGGAUAGUAUGCCCGCACAGUCUAUAGUUGUCGCAGAUAUCAAGCCAUUUUGAAAUUUUUCACUUUUUUCUGAGGUACUCUUGUUAGUUUACAACAUUUAGAAACAGAAGAUAACUUUAUAGGACUGACAUCAAUACCCUAGUCUCCUUUCCCAAAUAUAAUUAAUGGAAUUAGGAUGUAAAUCAUGUUAAGAUGGUUUUAUCAUUUUUUUAAUACAUCGUUUGCUUUCCCUUUUUAUUUGAACUACAGUGAAACUGAAGUUGAAUGGCAUUUGUCUUAAUUCUGCCAAGUUAUUGACCAAAUCAUACAUAGAUCUGUGUGUUAAUUUUACUUAUGUAAGCCUUUCAAUUUAAGUUGCCUUAUUCUAUCUAUCGCAUUGUUCUUGUCGAGUCUGAGCUUUGUCAUGUUGGAAUUUUUCUAACACUGAAUCCGUGAUGUAAAAAUGUAUGAUGUGCUACAAAUUUUAUUCAUAAUAAACUAAGUUAUAACCUUUUGUAACCUAUAAAAUGUUUCUUGUAAAUUGUCUAAUUUAUUUUUUCAUUUAUGUACAGUUUCUUAUGUAAAUUUAAAAAAUAUUCGUUGUGGCCUGUUCUGCCAACAUUAUUGUACUCUCCCUCGAUGCUCAUUUGCAUGAAAGAAACUUGGGUUUUGCUGGUUUGUACUGUUCGGCCAUUAAGCCAACUUCAGUCCUCUUUGCCGCCUUUUCUGUAGUUUAACUUUUUCUAGUUUUGUUCGUAUUCUAAAAUGUUAAGAUCAUGCUUUUUAUUUCCUACUUUACAAAUAAAUUCUCUAAGUUGUUUAC